CCGGCUGCGGGGAGCACAAAGCGGGGCGCACCGAGGGCGCCGGCAGCUAGCCGGCGAGCUAAGAGAGGCCCGUGCGCCCGCGCCUGCAGCGCCCUCCGGGCGGGGAGAGGGGCCGCCGGCGUCAGCGCGGGCAGCAGCAUCCGCGCGGUGGCAUCCCUAGGCGCCCCAGACGCUCUCCUUUGGACCUGGACACUCGCUGCCCCGCUGUCAGCAUCCCGCUUCUAUCCUUUAUCCCAAUCCUGCCUGCCUCUGCCCGGCCCCCGAGAGCCGGAUUGAGCCCAGGCCCGCGCAGCAGCUGUUGCUCGUGCUACUGCCUCGCUUCGCUUCUUGGUGCUCUGCCGCGAGCCCCCUAAGGAGCCAGUGCCUGUGGGUUUGGAGGGAGGUGCCGCUCAGCCGGUCCUCCUCCUUCUCGUCUUCCUCCUGCUGCCGCCUCCGGUGCCUGGUCCGUGCGCACCUCGACACCCCUGCCAGCCGGGCCUCGGGGCACAUCUCCAGACUUUGAUUUGGCUGAAAUAACUUAUGCCAUAGAGCUGUGCACAUGCCUGGAAUUGAGAGAUACAGGUAAAGAGACUCCAGAUUGCUUCCUGCCUUUUGAAACUCCAGGAAAUCAUCCCUUCAGACUCUGGAAUUCUACGGUUUUCAACAGAGACUUUGCUUAAAUGUUUACAUUUUUUGCUUGCUGUCUUUCAUACCAGUACAUAGUGCUCGUGUUUUGUUAAAACUUAACAAUUGUCAGGAGUUCAACUUGCUUGGCAAGCCAGCAUGGCUAGGAUGAGCUUUGUCUUAGCAGCUUACCAGAUGGUGCUGAGCCUGCUCAUGACUUCAUUAACUGGGUCUUCCCUACAAAGUAGUGAGUGUCCACAACUUUGUGUAUGUGAAAUUAGGCCCUGGUUUACCCCUCAGUCAACGUACAGAGAAGCUACCACUGUUGACUGCAAUGAUCUCCGCUUAACAAGGAUUCCCAGCAACCUUUCCAGUGAUACUCAAGUGCUUCUGUUACAGAGCAAUAACAUCGCCAAGACUGUGGAUGAGCUACAGCAGCUUUUCAACCUGACGGAGCUAGACUUCUCCCAAAACAACUUUACAAAUAUUAAGGAGGUAGGGCUAGCAAACCUGACCCAGCUCACCACUCUACAUCUGGAGGAAAAUCAGAUUACGGAAAUGAAUGAUUAUUGUCUACAAGACCUCAGCAACCUUCAAGAACUCUACAUCAACCAUAACCAGAUUAGCACUAUUUCUGCCAAUGCUUUUUCAGGCUUAAAAAAUCUUUUAAGGCUCCACCUGAACUCCAACAAAUUGAAAGUGAUUGAUAGCCGCUGGUUUGAUUCCACACCCAACCUGGAAAUUCUCAUGAUUGGGGAAAACCCCGUGAUUGGAAUUCUGGAUAUGAACUUCAAACCUCUCUCAAAUUUGAGAAGCUUAGUUUUGGCCGGAAUGUAUCUCACUGAUAUUCCUGGAAAUGCCUUGGUGGGCUUGGAUAGCCUCGAGAGUCUGUCAUUUUAUGAUAACAAACUAGUCAAAGUCCCUCAACUUGCCUUGCAAAAAGUUCCUAACUUGAAAUUCUUAGACCUCAACAAAAAUCCCAUCCACAAAAUCCAGGAAGGGGACUUCAAAAAUAUGCUUCGGUUAAAAGAACUGGGGAUCAACAAUAUGGGGGAGCUCGUUUCUGUGGAUCGCUAUGCCCUGGAUAACUUGCCUGAACUCACAAAGUUAGAAGCCACCAAUAACCCCAAAUUAUCUUAUAUCCACCGCUUGGCUUUUCGAAGUGUUCCUGCCCUAGAAAGCUUGAUGUUGAACAACAAUGCUCUGAAUGCCGUUUAUCAAAAGACAGUAGAAUCCCUUCCUAAUCUGCGUGAGAUCAGUAUCCACAGCAAUCCCCUGAGGUGUGACUGUGUCAUCCACUGGAUUAACUCCAAUAAGACAAACAUCCGCUUCAUGGAGCCCUUGUCUAUGUUCUGUGCCAUGCCACCUGAAUACAGAGGGCAACAGGUAAAGGAAGUUUUAAUCCAGGAUUCCAGUGAGCAGUGCCUCCCAAUGAUAUCUCAUGACACAUUUCCAAAUCAUUUAAACAUGGAUAUCGGCACCACGGUUUUCCUAGACUGUCGGGCCAUGGCUGAGCCGGAACCUGAAAUAUACUGGGUCACGCCCCUCGGGAAUAAGAUAACUGUGGAAACCCUUUCAGAGAAAUAUAAGCUAAGUAGUGAAGGUACAUUGGAAAUAUCUAAAAUACAGAUUGAAGACUCAGGAAGAUACACUUGUGUUGCCCAGAAUGUGGAAGGGGCAGACACUCGAGUCGUGAUGAUUAAGGUUAAUGGAACCCUUCUGGAUGGUGCCCAGGUGCUGAAAAUAUAUGUCAAGCAGACAGAAUCUCAUUCCAUUUUAGUGUCCUGGAAAGUCAAUUCCAAUGUCAUGACAUCAAACUUAAAAUGGUCAUCUGCCACCAUGAAGAUUGACAACCCCCAUAUAACAUACACUGCCAGGGUCCCGGUAGAUGUUCACGAAUACAACCUAACACAUCUGCAGCCUUCCACAGAUUAUGAAGUGUGUCUCACAGUGUCCAAUAUUCAUCAGCAGACUCAAAAGUCAUGUGUUAAUGUCACAACCAAAAAUGCUGCCUUUGCACUGGACAUUUCUGAUCAAGAAACCAGUACAGCCCUUGCUGCGGUAAUGGGGUCCAUGUUUGCCGUCAUUAGCCUUGCGUCCAUUGCUGUGUAUAUUGCCAAAAGAUUUAAGAGGAAAAACUACCAUCAUUCAUUGAAAAAGUAUAUGCAAAAAACCUCUUCCAUCCCACUAAAUGAGCUGUACCCACCACUCAUUAACCUCUGGGAAGGUGACAGCGAGAAAGACAAAGAUGGUACUGCAGACACCAAGCCAACUCAAGUUGACACAUCCAGAAGCUAUUACAUGUGGUAACUCAGUGGAUAUUUUGCUUCUGGUAGUAAGGAGCACAAAGACGUUUUUGCUUUAUUCUGCAAAAGUAACAAGUUGAAGACUUUUGUAUUUUUGACUUUGCUAGUUUGUGGCAGAGUGGAGAGGACGGGUGGAUAUUUCAAAUUUUUUUAGUAUAGCGUAUCGCAAGGGUUUGACACAGCUGGCAGCGUCUCUAGGCUUCCAGUUUGUGUUCGGUUUUUAUUCUUAUCAUUAUUAUGAUUAUUAUUAUUAUAUUAUUAUUAUUAUUUUGUUUUAGUUGUUGUGCUAAACUCAGUAAUGCUGUUCUAACUACAAUGCUCAAUAAAAUGAUUAAUAACAGGUUGGGGUUCCCCUGUGCUUUUACCAGUAGCAUGACCCCUUCUUCUGAAGCCAUCAGCAGACAGUACCCUGUCCUCCAAAAAGCUAACACAAGGUUGUGAAGCAGCAUUGAAACUUUUGUAGCAAUCUAGUCUAUAGACUUUUAACUCAAGAAGCUAAGGCUAGACUUGUUACCUUUGUUGAAUGAUGUUAGUUGACUGUACUGUAAUGUUGUAUCAACUAAAUUGAAUGUUUGCUUUUGAACAACAACUUUUCUUUUUGUAAUAGUUAAAAGGCUUAGAACAAGCUAACAGGCAAUAGAAAUAUGUAUAUCAGAUUUUUUAUGUAACAAACUACACGUUAAUUGUUACCUUAUUCUUUUUAUCUUUAGUAGACACUUUUAAAAAAAAAAAGAAUAAUUUUGUUGUGUUUAACUCACCAACAUGUGGUGUAUAAUGAAGACAGAACUAUAAUAAAUUAGUUUUGUUCUGAUUUUUUAGAACACUUGCAAUAAUGUAUCAUUUAUACUUCUUGCUAGUUGCAGUGGUGAUAUUUUUCACAUCCCUAAUAACAACCACCAAAAUAAAUUACCCACAGCGUGUUGCUUUUUAAAACUAGGCCUAAAAAUUUUUGAUUUCUUUUUCUAAGGGAAGAAAUAAAUAUUUUAAUGAAAAGGAUUUCUAUAUUUUAAAUAUUACUGAUGAGACCUAAUGGAAGGAAAAGUUCAUAUGAAGAAAGAAGGUAUAUUACUGUAUCCCAUGUAGAGCUAAAUGUAGCAAAAGACAUAGAUACAUUGGCUAUGUCACAUUCCUUCUCUGUAAGGGUCUUGUUAAAAUCUGAUUUUUUUUUUAGUAGUAGUCACAUUCCCCUUCAGUCUAAAACAUAAGCUCCAAAAUGUAUUGCAUGCUAUUCCUUUCACAGCAGUCAUUAUGCCUAGAUACAUAAUAAUCCACAUAUCAGUGGGGAGAUAGCUACUGAGAAAAGUAAGUGAUUAACAGAAGAGAGAACAACUUCUCUAUAAUUGGCAUUUGUACAUCCAAAUAAUAUAUAUAUAAACAGUUUUGCAGAAUAAUGUGUUUCCCGAAUAAUGUGUAUGAAAUUUAGAACAGCAGGAGCCAGAUUUAGGUAGGAGGCCAGAUCCACAAAGUAGGGGAGGGGGAAGAUUUAAAGGUAUAGUUAGAGGAAAGAGGACCCACUUGAAGAUGCAGAUUGAUACAGCAGAGAAAUGUUUUUAAAAGACUGUUCCAGCUGGCACCUGCUCCCAGAGACAUGCUGUCACACCAGGAACGAUGAGAUUGUAAAAAGAAAUUGAGAGCAAGCGGGUGCCAGCUGAGCAAAAGCAAGGAAAAGGGUGAACGAAGUGCAGGUGAGGAAGGAUGAAGGAUUUCUUUGUAAAAUUCCUGUUCUGUGUGUGUGAAUCGCUUAGAAAAAAAUCGUCACCUUCCUUCCCAUAGUGUCUACUGUGUAGAAGAGAAGUUCAAAUGCUGAAGCAAGUGAGCUGCAUAGAAAAAGAGCAUCCGAAUAAGAGCAUCUCUUUCCACAGCCUUCAUUUGUUGGCAGAAAAACUGGGGCCCAGGGAAGGGUUGUAACUUGCCCUGGUCAGACUUUUAUCCAUGGAGAAGGCUGCCUCCAUCUGUUGCUCUGGGACCAGCAGCCUUCUAGACUGCGGUGCAGAGCUUCUCUUACAGUUCUCACAACCUCUGGUGCCCUUGCUUCACAAUGGCAUCUUCAAGUUCCCAUUUAUUCAGGACAUAUUUUAGCAAAAGGGCAAACGAAAGGGUCAGGAAAGCUUCUGCCUCACGGGUAUUUGCCAGUUACAUGUGGGAUACACCGGGGACUAGAGAUGCUUUGGAUGCAGCCUUGGUGGGGGAGGGUUUCCUGCUGAGGACUCUUGUCUUCAAAUAUCUACAAAAAGUAAUGGACUAUCCAACAAAGUCUUCUGCUAAUUCUGCAAACUGUGAAAGGAAAAUGAUACCAAAGCAUUAGGCCCAGACCAGGGAGGAGGCAUUGUUUAUCCCAUACAGCAAUGACUUGAACCUGGCACAUAAUCAGCACUCAAAUAUUAGUGGCAUAAAUGGAAAAACAACAACAACAAUGACAAAACUACUUCCCUAUUCUGGAUAUGUAACAAGGGAUCGCAAGAGUCGGACAUGACUUAGCGACCAAACCACCACCACCACCACUAAGCAGCAGGAAAUCCAAGUGUUUUUUGCCAACUAUCUUCAGCCAGGUCAGUUUGGGGGUAAAACCCUUUAACUCCUUCUGCAAUAAAAUAUUUGAGCUUC